UUAGAUUAAUAUCACAAUUGACAAAAUGCAUCUUCGUUGUUUUAAGUUAAGAUCCAUAUUUCUGAUCGGAUUUGGAAUUGGUUUUCUCUUUGCAGUAUUAUUAUACAUAGUUCAAGAUGUAUUUAAUGGUACUUCUGUUUGCAAGAGUUCUUCAGCAAACUCCAACAUUGCAAGAAGGAGUGCUCUUCUUAAGUGGCUUGUCUCUGAUGCAUGGAACAAUGAACAGAUUGUUCUUCAAACCUGGAAAGAAAAAUCCAUGGAUGCUACUUACAGCAAAUGGUUAAGAAAUCAGAAUUUAAAAGUAAAAAAUAUUAAUAUGGACGCCUAUCUGUAUGGAUCUGAAAGAAAAGAAAAACUAGAAUCUGAAUGGUUGAAAUCCACGAUUCACAUUACUUGCAUUGUCUUUGUAAAAAAAGUUAAAAUGACAAGGUCUAUUCAGAAUACCUGGGGGAAACGUUGUAACAAGAUAUAUUUCUUUGGUCAACAAAAAAAUUCGGAAGUGCCAAUUAUAAAUUUAAAAAUUAAGCUGUUAUCUUCAUGGCAGCUUUUGUGCGAAGCCUUUAACUAUGUUUGGAAAGAUAAUGGAACCUUGGAGUGGCUUAUCUUUGUAAAAGAUGAUACAUUGGUGAUUCCAGAGAAUUUAAGAUAUAUGCUGGCCCUAUUGAAUCAUACACAGGAUCAUUAUUUAGGUCAUGCGGUUGUACUAUGGGGACAGCCUUACAACGUUGCAGAUGCAGGAUAUGUUAUCAGUAUUGGGGUGCUUGGAAAACUAAUUAAAAUGUUUGACAAUCCUGAAAAAUGUGCAGCUGGUGGCAAAUAUUGGAAACAGGAGGAUUAUUACCUUGCUAAACACUUGGCAUCUAUGGGAAUUCAUCCCUCUGAUACAAGAGAUCAGUAUUUAAGAGGUACAUUCCAUGGGUAUUCCUUACAGUCCUUACUAUGGGGAGUAAUUAAAACUAGCAGCUAUUGGACUCGUGCUUUAUAUCCGAUACAAAACGAGUGUUGCUCUUUAAUGUCUGUUACUUUUAACAUCGGAGAAUCUGACAAAAUGUAUACUUUAGAUUAUUUAUUGUAUCAUUUAUAUGUCUUGAAAAGUAAAGGUGUUUUUGGAAAUGUAAAGGCAUCAACAACAGUAUCUGAUGAUGAUGUAUGGAAAAUUGCGUUGAAGGAAGAAUUCAACAUUACGCAUUUGAAUAAUAUUUCUAGCGACGCUUACUACGAAAUAUGGCAUUCGAAAUAUUCCGAACCAGAACAGCUAAUUGCCAAGAAUCAUUAGGAUGAAAAUAGAGAUACAUCCAAAUAAUUUUUGUAUACAUUGUAAUUUUCAU